UAUAUAUAUAUAUUGAAUUGAGUUAAAUUAUCUUGAAAAUAGGUCUCCCCUCCCACCUUUCAUUCCUCCAUUUCCCAAAUGGCUCAAAUAAACGAGAACCCAAUGGCCGCCGCCCUGAUCGAGCGGUGCCAAAUCCAGCCGUCGCCGGACACGGUGGCGGAGCUAACUCUGCCGCUGCUCCACUUCGACAUAACCUGGCUCUACUUCCACCCAGUUCAGCGUCUCCUCUUCUUCGAUCUACCUUGCUCAAGAACCCACUUCCUAGAUUCCAUCGUCCCCCAGCUCAAGGAAUCCCUCCUCCGCACGCUCAACCACUUCCUCCCCCUCGCCGGAAACAUAGUCCACCCCAUCAACGCCGGCCGCCCCUUCUCCCGCUUCGUCGUCGGAGACUCCGUCACGCUCACCAUCGCCGAGUGCAGCAAGAACUACAAGCACCUCACACGCAACCACGCCAGAUCCGCCGACGAGUUCUACGCCUGCGUCCCCCAGCUCCCGCCGGCGAGACACGCGCCGGACGCCGUCGUCCUCCCGGUGCUCGCCCUCCAGGUGACACUCUUCCCGGAGCACGGCCUCUGCCUGGGGUUCACCAACCACCACGCAAUCGGCGACGCCAGCACCAUCGUCCGGUUCAUCAAGGCCUGGGCCUCCGUCAACCGGUUCGGCGGCGACUCGAAGCUGAUCGACGAAAAGUCCCUCCCGUUCUACGACCGGACCGCCGUCGCCGACCCGGCCGGACUCGACUCCGUCUACUGGGACCUCGUCAAGAGAUCCAGAUCCGUCGAGCCCCGCCAAUUCACCUUCCCACUCAACAAGGUACGCGCCACCUUCGUCAUCACGCGCGAGGACGUCGAGAAGCUCAAAGCGUUUGUCCUCACGCGCCGCCCCGAAAUGCACAUCACCGCCUUCACAAUGACCUGCGCCCUCGUCUGGGUCUGCCUCGUCAAGGCCGAGACGGGGGCCGUCGCCCCCGACGAGCCCGAGUACUUCGGGUUCGCCGCGGACUGCCGCGGCCGCCUCAACCCGCCCCUACCCGCCACCUACUUCGGCAACUGCCUCGCCUUCGUCAAAGCCCAGUCAACCCACGGCCUCCUUAAAGGCAGAGAAGGCUUCUUAAUCGCCGCCGAGAGUUUAGGUCUCGCCAUACAGAAGAGCGUCUACAGCGAAAAGGGCAUCCUCGACGGGGCGGAGAAUUGGCCGGUCGAUUUCCGAAAAAUGCUUGGAAAACGGCUCUUCGGCGUCGCGGGAUCGCCAAGAUUCGAUCUGUACGAUGCGGACUACGGGUGGGGGAGGCCGAGGAAAUUCGAGUCCGCUUCGAUCGAUAGGGACACUUCGAUGUCGCUGUGUAAAUCGAGGGAUUACGAAGAUGGGUUGGAGUUCGCGUUGUCGAGACCUAAGAAGAAAUUGGAUGCUUUUGCAGCUGUUUUCACUCAAACGCUCAGGAACCUCUGAAUCAAAUGAAUUCGUUUGGUUCUUGAUUCUUUUGUAUGUUAUUUCUUGAAAAAAAUCGAACUGCGAUUUGGUGUACCAGGUAAUACUUUCGACUUUCGAGACUUGACUAUUUCGGUAUUAUUAGUUGUAGAGAAUGAUUUGUGACAAAUGAGAAUGACUAUGUAUGUAAUGUGUUUGAUGUGUAUAUAAGAGUUUGUUUUUUGGCCACAAUUUA